AUGGGUCUGCGGCUAGUGGAGCUGGCUUCAGACUCAGGCAUGGACCUGUCGGCCAAUCAGGACGAAGAGACCGACCAGGAGACCUUUCAGCUGGAGAUUGACCGUGACACCAAAAAGUGCGCCUUCCGCACCCACACGGGCAAGUACUGGACGCUGACGGCGACUGGGGGCGUGCAGUCCACAGCCUCCACCAAGAAUGCCAGCUGCUACUUUGACAUCGAGUGGUGCGAUCGGCGCAUCACUCUGCGCGCCUCCAAUGGCAAAUUUGUGACAGCCAAGAAGAAUGGGCAGCUGUCGGCCUCGGUGGAGACCGCAGGGGACUCGGAGCUCUUCCUCAUGAAGCUCAUCAACCGGCCCAUUAUCGUCCUGCGAGGGGAACAUGGUUUCAUCGGCUGCCGCAAGGUCACCGGCACCCUGGACGCCAACCGCUCCAGCUACGAUGUCUUUCAGCUGGAGUUCAACGACGGCGCCUACAACAUCCGAGACUCCACAGGCAAGUACUGGAUGGUAGGCAGCGACUCCUCGGUCACCAGCAGCAGCGACACCCCCGUGGAUUUCUUCUUUGAGUUCUGUGACUACAACAAGGUGGCCAUCAGGGUGGGUGGGCACUACCUGAAGGGCGACCACGCGGGGGUCCUGAAGGCGUCCGCCGAGACCAUUGACCCCGCCACACUCUGGGAAUACUAGGUGCCCCCCCCCCAAUCCCCGUGCCCCAGCCCACUCCCUGCUAACUUCCUUCUCUAGGUGGGCUCCGAGCUGGUAUGGAGCCCCUUGUCUUUCAAACUGGAAACCCCAGCGAAAAUGGUGCCCCUCCCCCGCGACCCCCCAGCCUGCCUCUCAGAGGGGUCAAUGGAUGUGCCCGGUCACUGUGUAGAAUCAGCACGGUCGGGUCCUCCACCCAGGCAAGGCUGGCUCGCUUUCUUCUGACCUCAGUCGACUCUGAGCCUUAUUGCCCCGAAGCAGUCAAGAGGAAUUGGGGGGGGGGGGGUGUCCGUGGUGGGAUUCUCCUGCCCCACUCCCAUCCCUCGGGGUGGGGGUGGAGUGUUCUGAGCUUAGUACAGAGGGCCAGCUCUGCCUACUGCACGCUGUGGGGUCCCCUCCUCCGACCUCAAGUCUAGUCUUCACCCUCCCUGCUCUGACUGGAAGCAGAAAAUGACCAAAUCAGUAUUUUUUUUAAAGGAGUUUAUUGCUGGUGGCGCCCUGGCAAGCAUGUAGUCCCCAAGGGGACUGCCACAGCUGGCGGGGGUCAGAUGGGCACCCCUAGUUCGGAGCUUCCGGCCUCCACUUCUCUAAGGGGCUCUCUUCUGGCCUCUGCCUGUGUCCCACCUGGUGGUGCUGGCUGCCCUCCCCCACAGGGCCAGAGCCCUGCAGCAGGAUCGGUGCUCCACACUUGUGACUGGAAUCUUCUGGAACCUUCUGGAAUCCUGGGGUCUCCUGGCCCCACACUGCCUCGCUGCCCUGCCAGCCCCUCCCACUGCUGGUUUGUGUGCCCUGCAUCUCACUCUGGGUGUCUUGGUCUUUCGUUGUUUGUAAGUCACUUGUAUCUCUCAACGCCCAUGAUAGUAGCUUCAAACUGGAAAAAGAAUAAAACAUUAAGUCCGA